UUCAAACCGUAUGUUUUGCUUUUACAAGAGAAAAGACUUUAAGGCUGAAGACUAACUGGUUAUUUUGACAAAUGUACGUCUGGUUAACCGCCCCACCUCCGUUAAAGAGCUGCGUGCAGCCGUGUUCCUGAGCUUUUCUAUGGGACGCUUCGGGACUGUCUCUCACGCAGUGCAUGCCGGUCACAAACGGUGCUACUGUUCACCCAUGUGCCGUUGCCUGGUGGAAAUUGAGAAAUAGCUGUUACAACACAAAUGGGAGUAGCUGGGCAAUAAAUCAAGUGCACCGGUAAAUUUGUUGACGUCACGUGUUGUGGGUUUUUCGGCGGGUUUUGAUCGCUGACCUGGAGCACUGCUCAGCUAAAGACAGAGAUGCCACCAAAGAAAAGGGCCAGAGUGAGUAAAGGAGCAGCAAAUUCAGGCAAAGGUGAUGGUGAAACAGAUUAUUUUGCAAAAGAAAAAGCUGGCGGUAAAAAAAAAGCUGCAGCUUCUGUUGAGUCUGGCAAAACUAAGGAGAGCUCAGAAUCACCUGGCUCUCCACAGUACUGCCACUGGCUGAUGAAGUCUGAGCCCGAGAGCCGCUUUGAGAACGGGAUCGACGUGAAGUUCGGGAUCGAGGAUCUGAAGGCUUUGCCUAAUCAGACCAGCUGCUGGGACGGCGUCCGCAAUUAUCAGGCGCGCAACUUCAUGAGGCAGAUGAAAGAAGGGCAGGUGGCUUUCUUUUACCACAGCAACUGCAAGGAACCGGGGAUAGCAGGAGUCAUGAAAAUUGUGAAGGAGGCUUAUGUGGACCACACUCAGUUUGAUAAGAAAGAUGUCCAUUUUGACGCCACAAGUAAACGAGACAACCCCAAGUGGAGCAUGGUAGAUGUCCAGUAUCAAAGAAUGACGAAGCGCUUUCUUCCUCUGUCCGAGCUGAAAAAGUACCACCUGCAGCAUCGCGCCAACGGAGGGCCUCUAAAGGACAUGGCUCUUUUUACAAGGGCCAGGCUCUCUGUGCAACCCCUAACCACUGAGGAGUUUGACUUUGUCCUGAGUUUGGAAGAUGAAGAGCCUUUGUGAGGAUUUGGAACAGAUGAUGCUUUUUGACACAGUGAAGUCAUGAAGCAGCAACCUACUUUACAGUACCGUCAUGUCUUGUCUUGUUCAUAAAGAUUAUAAAAUGGGUUUUUGUCAAGUUAUGACACAUCCAGUUUUUAACCUUUACCUCUGAACGAUACAGAGCGAGCUUGCUUUUGGUGGACAACUUCAGCCACUGCGUACAAAAUCUUGAAAUUGCAGUGUGUGGAUACAAAACAGCAGCAGAUUAUUAAGUAUAAUACAUAUGAGUAUGUAAUGUUGAUUGGGGCUGUCCUUUGCCCUCAGAACAGCUUCAGGGCUUGUUUUAUUGCCAUUACUCAACUUGUAAUUUGUGUAUAGCAGCAUAAGAGACCAUUCUUUAUAAUGCCUGACACCUAUUUAAUGAUAAAAAUGACUUCACAUUCUGCACUCCAUACAUUUCCAUAAUGAGGUCCACUGCUGUCCAGCGAUGAUGAAGUGAGUGGGAAGAUAAAAGGUGUUUUGACAUCAUCAGAAUCAGAAAUACUUUAUUGCGGACUGGCCGACCAGAUUUAUUUGCUCGUAUUCAUUGUUAAUUAUUAAAUUUUUAGAAUAAUACAGAUAGACCUCUCAGCAACACGCAGGUAGUGUCCUUGCACAGAUUUCAUGUGCUGCUGAUCGUGAAAGGUGCUGAUGACGGACUGGUUACCUUGCGCAACUUUAAUUACAAUUCAGGAUAUUGUUGUUUGUUACGUGACAAGAAGUGAUGAGGAAAAGUGCCGUAUAGACUGUGCCAAGCUCAAGGUAAUGGAUUGAGUCAGUUUUCAAAGCCUCAACGUGGUGUUUCGUGGUGUCUCUUUUAUGCAAAUGCAGUUUGGGAUGCACAGGCGGCUUGUUUUUCUGUAUUCUUCUAACAUUACACACACUGAUGCAGGGCUACAACUAACGAUUAUUUUUAUUAUUGAUUAAUCGUAUAAUUGUUUGGUCUAUAAAAAAUGUCAAAUUUAAAAAAAAUAAUAAAUAAAAAAAUAUCCAGCAUAAAUUCCCAAAGACCAAGUUGUCAUCUUCAAACAAUCCAAAACCAAAAGAAGAUCAAUUUACAAUCAAGAGAACUAAGAAAACCACAUUCACAAUUUUCAUUCAAGCAUUUUGCUUUAAGAAAAUUACUUAAACGAGAAAACUAGCUGCAGAUUUUCUGUCGACUGCCUAAUCGAUUAAUUGCUUCAGAACAAGUUUGCAGUUUUGUAAUUGAUUCAGGAACCAUUUGGCCCCUGUGACACUCUGAGGAUCCAUAUGUAUUAGAAAACUGAAAAAAUACUGACUUUAUUACCUGUUCAAAGCUGUCACAUAGUGUUAAAUGGCUCUCAAUUACAAUACAACUCACCCAUGUACUGUAUGUAGCAGUGUUAGUGUGAUAGUACGAUGUUGAUAUUCAAGUUCUUUACCAUGUGGUGUUUUCAUUAUUUUGUCCACCCAGUCUGUUCAGGUUUAUACAUGUCUGUCACAAACACUUUCACUCAUUUCUGCAAUACAACCAAGUCUGAUUUUUUUUUUUCAUUUGGCAUCAAUUUAUUUCAGUUUUGGGGACAAGGAAUAAUUGAUUAGCAUUUUGCAAAAGAUAGAUAAUUCUACUGUAAGUUUUCUCUGGUUAAAAGACUAAAAUUAUGUUAGAGGCAGGAGGAUUUCAUUUGCUUGAUACACUUAGGCACAACUUUCAAGUCUAAUAAAGAGGAUACAGAAGACUUCAUACUUUCAGACCUUAAAACAACACCCUUUCCUAACACCACUGGAAUGCUGAGGUAAAGCAUAUGAACAUGAAAGGUCAUUUUGUGGCACUGUGUAUUGUAUAAUCAAUGUACACAAGCUGAGACAGGGAACAGGAUUAAAGGUUUUAGCUGGUCAUAAUAUACAGAUUAAAAAAAAAAAUGUGUGGGAUAAUACUUAAGCCCUCGCUCAAAAAGGAAAAA